GAUGGCUGCCAUAUCGGCGCUGUCAUUUUGGUCCAGAGCAGAGCGAAGCGCUUAGUUCGACCCGGUCCCGGCCCAGUUUUUUCCUCUGGGGCUUCCUCGUGCUCAGCUAGUCCCCCGGUCAAUUUUUUGGAAUCCCUGGUAACUCUUCGGAAUCCUCACAAUUCAGCCACGUGUCAUGUCUUGGGCUACUCGCCCGCCCUUCCUCCCCCAGCGGCAUGCCGCAGGGCAGUGUGGGCCGGUGGGGGUGCGAAAAGAAAUGCAUUGUGGGGUCGCGUCCCGGUGGCGGCGGCGACGGCCCUGGCUGGAUCCCGCAGCGACAGCGGCGGCGGCGGCGGCAGUAGCCGGAGAACAACAAACCCCGGAGCCGGAGCCGGGGGAGUCUGGACGGGACGGGAUGGGCGACAGCGGGCGGGAUUCCCGAAGCCCAGACAGCUCUUCCCCAAAUCCCCUCCAUCAGGGGGGACCUUCUCCUGGGCCACCACUGCCCCCUUCAGCAGCCCCACCCCUGGGAGGGUCCGGGGGCCCACCCCCGCUGCCACCCCCCCAACUGGGCUCCCCCUUCCCGGUCAUCAGCUCUUCCAUGGGGUCCCCCGGUCUGCCCCCUCCAGCUCCCCCAGGAUUCUCCGGGCCUGUCAGCAGCCCUCAGAUUAACUCAACAGUGUCGCUCCCUGGGGGUGGGUCUGGCCCCCCUGAAGAUGUGAAGCCACCAGUCUUAGGGGUCCGGGGCCUGCACUGUCCACCCCCUCCAGGUGGCCCUGGGGCUGGCAAACGUCUGUGUGCAAUCUGCGGGGACAGAAGCUCAGGCAAACACUAUGGGGUCUACAGCUGUGAGGGCUGCAAGGGCUUCUUCAAACGCACCAUCCGUAAGGACCUGACCUACUCAUGCCGGGACAACAAAGACUGCACAGUGGACAAGCGCCAACGGAACCGCUGUCAGUACUGCCGCUAUCAGAAGUGCCUGGCCACUGGCAUGAAGAGGGAGGCGGUACAGGAGGAGCGUCAGCGGGGGAAGGACAAGGACGGGGAUGGGGAGGGGGCUGGGGGAGCCCCUGAGGAGAUGCCCGUGGACAGGAUCCUGGAGGCAGAGCUUGCUGUGGAGCAGAAGAGUGACCAGGGCGUUGAGGGUCCUGGGGGAACCGGUGGUAGCGGCAGCAGCCCAAAUGACCCUGUGACUAACAUCUGUCAGGCAGCUGACAAACAGCUAUUCACGCUUGUUGAGUGGGCGAAGAGGAUCCCACACUUUUCCUCCUUGCCUCUGGAUGACCAGGUCAUUUUGCUACGGGCAGGCUGGAAUGAGCUCCUCAUUGCCUCCUUCUCCCACCGAUCUAUUGAUGUCCGAGACGGCAUCCUCCUUGCCACAGGUCUUCAUGUGCACCGCAACUCAGCUCAUUCUGCAGGCGUGGGAGCCAUCUUUGAUCGGUCCCUCUCCAGGGUGCUGACAGAGCUAGUGUCCAAAAUGCGUGACAUGAGGAUGGACAAGACAGAGCUUGGCUGCCUGAGGGCAAUCAUUCUGUUCAAUCCAGAUGCCAAGGGUCUCUCAAACCCCAGCGAGGUGGAGGUCCUGCGAGAGAAAGUAUAUGCGUCACUGGAGACCUACUGCAAACAGAAGUACCCUGAACAGCAGGGACGGUUUGCCAAGCUGCUGCUACGUCUUCCUGCCCUCCGGUCUAUUGGCCUCAAGUGUCUAGAGCAUCUGUUUUUCUUCAAGCUCAUUGGUGACACUCCCAUCGACACCUUCCUCAUGGAGAUGCUUGAGGCUCCCCACCAGCUGGCCUGAGGCUGGACCCAGACUUGAUGCUCCUCACACUUGAGGAGUGCACAUCCAAGAGGGACUCCAAGCCCUGGGGCAGGGUGGGCAGGGGUGAUAUUCCCAGAACCUUGGUGGGUGAGGACUGCAGGGCCAGAACAGGUAUCUCCUAGAGGUUCUAUAAACCCUCCAAGGGGUUUGCUUGAUGUCCCAAGUCAGGAGGGGACCUGAGACCCCUGUAAGGGCUGGCCAUAUCCCUUUAGUGGCCUUGAGUCUCUGAAUUUUUUGGGGUGUCCCAUGAUUUGGGAUUAUUUCUACCCCUUGUCUGGAAGGAUUUCUCCUUCCCACCUCCCGACUCCUCUGCACAAAGCACUGGCCUUGCUCCUAGGACCGUGCUCCCUCUCUCAUCUUGCCUCACUUAUCUCCCCAUCUGAAGGGUAGAAGUGGGGAACUUCCCCAGAAAUGGAUAUUGGGGGGCAGGCCCCCCAAGCUGAUGGACAUGGAGUAGGGCUCUGACAGGCCUGCCUUCUUCCCAGGCCAGGCUGAUGGGGGCUACUCUGGAAGAGAGAGGGGGCCUUGUCAUCUUCUACUGUCCAGAGUCCCCUUUUAUAAUUCACCUCCUUCUGCAGUCAGACUGAAAAGUAAAAAGGUGGUGGUGGUUAAAGGGUGGGUGGAGAUGGAGGGAACACAUCUAUUUUUAAUUUCCUCUGAGGAUAGAAAUUUGCAGUUAGACUCAAAGAAGUACUGUACUUCCCCAGGUUGACUAAGUAGUGCUGACGGUGGAGGUGGGUGUUUGAGAAAGAUGGCUCUGAGAUGGUCUGUCACUGGGCUCUGCAAGCACUGGCCUUCCUAAUUGCACCCCCCCCCCCCCAUCUCCUAACUUGGGGAAGGGGCCUGGGCUGUGAUGGCCUUAGAAGGGCAGGACCAGGCAGGAGAAAGUUUGGUGAGGGUAGUCCUCAGACCUUUCACAGCUCCCUUCAACCCUGGCAGAAUGUGGAACAGAACACAGAACCCUAUCCUGAAAAUUGAGGGGAGGUCAGCCCGCAGAGAUGGGGUGCUGGGGCUGCAUGAUUUUUGCCCUGCGGCUCCUCUCUUUGGGGUUCCUUUCCCCUCUCUUUGACUCACAUGAAAUCGCUUUCAAAUUAAAAUCGCUGCUUUUCUGGA